AUGGGGUGGGGCGGAGAAGCCGAGAUUGACCGGCUUCCGGUUGACCUACUCGCUCACAUCUUUUCACUCAUCUCUUGCUUCAAAGAUUUGGCUCAGACCAGCUGCGUGUGUAGGAAAUGGAGACAAGGAGUGAAGGAAUCCUUGGCUCGGAGAGAGAAGUUGAGCUUCGCUGGUUGGAAAAUGGACGAUCAAUCCACCACUCGCCUUGUGGUCCAUGCCUACAGCCUCAAGGAGCUCGACAU